AUGACUUCUUCCUCUUCAACUACUCUCUCGAUUGCUCUUCUUUUUGCAACUUUUUGGACUUCUGCCAAUGCGUGUGUUGCCUCUGGAACAUGUGGCCUAGGUCCAUGUUUUAACCCUCUUCCUGCUCUCCCAUCUCCUUGUGCUUCCUCUGGCUGUGGACCUGGAUUCUCGUGUGGAUCUUAUGGAUGUUAUCGUUCAAAAGCCCGCGUACAUGCUGCUGGAACUCACCAUCAGGGACCAAUUCUAUUUGGAGCGGAUCGAUUCUCACAGUUCCGUCGUCAACAGCCAACACCUCAACAGGCAACGGACCCAAAUGCGUUAUUUAUGCAAUGUUGUGAGCAAAGAGGACUUCCAGAUGCAUGCCUUCAGAAGUGUACAUUCAAUACUUAUUCUAAAGAAUCUUUAACCCGAAUGUACUUCCGUCAAGAUGCUUGCCCACUGGCUGCUUCUGCAGAAAUCCAAUUCUGUGCAGCUCAAGGAAGAGAUCAUCGUUCGUGCUGUAUCAGAAAUGGAGUGACCACUACUCUUGCUGGAGAUAAAUGCUUGACUUUCUGUGAUCAGAGACCUGGAAAUGUCACUCUUCUCGACUAUUCCUAUGUUUCUUGCUAUGAUCGCUUCGAGAACAUGAAGUCCUGCUUCUGGCACGAUGCUGCUGAAAGAUCCAAGAAGUAUUGA